UUUCCGUCGUUCUAUAAAAGAUGGCGUCGGUGCAAAAAACCGAGACGGUUGCUUUUGUUUGAACACAUGAAACUGGGCCUGAGGAGGGCAGAAUAACGGAAACGCAUAAUCAACCUGCGAUAAACCAUCAAAACACAACCAGAUAUGAAAUGAUAAUUAGUCGCUGUUAAGUUUGUACUUCGCUCGAGGGCCUACAACUCGGGCCUGCUUGUUGUUUAUGGAGCGGACGCGGUCGGUGAAAAAAAACUCGAUUUCCCAGCAGCACUUUCGAAAGGGUGUAUUAAAACCAACAUGGCCACCCGGGCAGAACAGGAUGAAAAGCACCCCAGUGGCCGUACAGACUCGUCCUCUCCGUCCCCUGAGUCCUCUCUGUCAUGGUGCCUGGUCCAGCUGAGCAAAUCCAUCCCCAGAGCGGACACCCUGACCUGCGCUGACCCCAAACCCUCCAGAGACGCAGAUAAGCGUCUCAGGGCGGGCCAGUGGAGGGCUCUGGUGGCCAUCCGCACCCACCACAUUAAAGGAGGAAGCAGCAGAAUUGGGCGGUACCAGGCACAGGGUGGUUUGCCCCCCCUACUGGCCAUCCUGCACAGACCAGAGAGCUCCAGGAAGAUCCUGGACCUGACCCUCAGCAUCCUGGCCAACUGCUGCACCGAGAAGGCGACGCGAGCCGAGGUGCGGAGGCUGGACGGUGUUCCUCUCGUAGUGGCGGUCCUGAAGAGGCACGCGUCUGUGGAGACGGUGGAGAACCGAGCGGCUCGUGCUUUGGGGAACCUCGCCAUGGACCCCGAGGGCUCGGCGCAGAUUCACUCCGCAGGUGGUGUUCCUCCUCUCCUCCUCUGCCUGUCCCUGUCCACCUCCCCAUCGUCUCCCUCUUCUCCCUCCAACGUCCCUCCUCCUCCGGCUGCAUCGUCCUCCGUACUCGAGCGCACUCAGUCAGCUGUCCGCGCUCUCUUCUACCUCUCGGACACGCCCUCCAACCGUCUCUCUCUGCUCUCCCAGGGUGCCCUGCCCACCCUGGCGCUCUUUCUCGCCCCCGAGUACCCCCUGGGCCUGAGGCGGGCGUGUCUCCGCGCUCUCCACGAGCUGACGCGGGGGUGCGGCGCCGAGUGCGCCCGAGAGGUGUCCGUCUCCGGGGUGCUGUCUCAACUUGGCCCGCUGGCGUCAGGAGAGGGGGGCGGGGCUCUGGAGGAGCUGGCGCUGAAGACUCUCGCUAACCUGUGCUCUCAGGGCUGCCUGCGCCCCCUGGUGGGCUCGCUGGGCGUCAUUCAGAAGUUUGCAGAGGAAGCGAGAAAGGAUCCGCUGAAAUCCAGCGUGCUGUUCAAGGCUCUGUGUUUCUGCUGCAAAGAAGCGGUGAACCGCGUGAAGGUGAAGGAAAGCGGCGGACUCGAGGUGCUGAUCGGCUUCCUGGCAGCCUAUCAGAACCACCCUUUGACGCGAUUGGCCGUCUUGGCGUGCGUGGACUUCGUGUACGACGAGGCGGCUCUGGAGCAGCUGCAGGAGCUCGGUCUGGUCCCGCUGCUGGCGGCGCGCCUCGUCGACCUCGCCCGGGGAGACGACUCCAAGAUGGACGCCGGGCUCUCGGCGAGCUCUCAGUGCGCCGAGCUCGGAUCGUGUUAUGACUCGUUUGACUUUCCUCCUCCUGAGGGGAGCAGAAAGGAGGAGGUGGGGAAGGAGCAGGGUUCCUCCAGCUUCCUGAGCCUCAGGUCCUGGUUGCUCUCUGAGGGUUUCAUCUCUUCAGAAGUGGAGCUGAUGAUGUCGCCCUGUGGUUCAGACGGAGAUUCGGGUUCUCCUCAUCCCACCUGCUCUCCUUCCUCCUUCUACUCCUCCUCCUCCUCCUCCUCCUCCUCUUCCUCCUCCUCUUCACCUUCUCUCACACCUGCUGAUGUUUCUCCAUCACCAGCUCAGCCGAAGCCCGUCUCCUCUCCGUCCGCCCGGUCCAAACCCUGCCGUCUGUCCGUCCCCGCGUCUCCUAGUCCGCCCUCCUGCACCUCCACCCCUCAGCCCAAACGUCCCGUUUCUCCCUGUAAAUUCUCGUCCCCUCCGAGGAAGCGAGCUCGCACGUCUUCUCUGUCCUCCUCCUCGUCUCGUUCCAGCCUCGUCUCUUUAGACGGACCUCCGGCGAUACCGAAGACACCCGUGUUCCAGCACCCGUAUCACCCCGAGCCAUGGGCGCCGGAGUCUCCCAUCCUGCUGCUGCUCUCUCGCUUCUCCCACUCCACGGACCCGAGCGGCGUGCUCGUCACCGUGCCCGUGUUCUCCGCCCUGCUCUACUACCUGACGCAGCACCGCGAGCCGAGCGGACGCUGCUGCCGCAUGCUGUUGAGGAUCAGCUACAACCUGAACUGCCUGCAGCCGCUGGUCCGGACCGGCGCCGUCGCGCUCAUCAGACACCACCUCUGUGUCCGGGACCUGGACCGACCAGGCGGGAAGGAGAGACAGACGGACAGAGUGAAGGCUAAAAUCAGACAGCUGGGUCAGGGGCUGCUGAACAACCUGCACGUCCAGAGUGAGACCGGAUUCGGUUCUGGAGUUCUCACGCACAUCGUCCUGUCGGGUUCAGAGAGCGAUAAACUCCACUGCGUCCUCUCUCUGCCGCUGAUCUCCAGCAACCGAGUCCUGCUGAAGAAGCUGCUUUUGGACAGCGGCGGUCUGAUCUCGGCCCUCGAACCGCUCUUCUGUCUGGAGGACGAAGACGACGGCACCGAUAAAUGCAGAACUUUCCUCUCCGCUUGGAUCUGCCCACCUGAACAGGCGUGCGCUUCCAGGUGUCACUCGCUGUACGCGUCUCUUCUGAUCGGCUGCCUGUCUAGUCUCCUGGAGAGGUCGAAGGUCAAGCCGGACAGUCCCGGCGCUUUGGAAAACCUGCGGCAGGAUCCGGAUUCUUCUUCCUGUCCGUGUCUUUACCAAACAUCCGACCACGACCUGAGCCUCCUGUUGGACGACGGAAGUCUGCUUCCAGCCAGUCGGGGAGUGGUUUCCGGGGAAGUGGGCGUGGCGGAGUCGGAGUACUUCCGUGUCUUACUGAGCGGCAGGUUCGAUGAAGUGCAGAGGUCCAGCAUAGACGCCGUUCGUAUCCGAGACGUGAGCCGGGGAAUGCUGCUGCCUGUGCUUCAUUACCUUCACGGCUGCAGGAUGAGCGGAGACGGAGACGGAGGCGGACGCUGCCUCGUUUUGUCCUCGCUGGUCUCCGGAGGUCUGACGGGAGGUCACGCGGUGUUUCAGAAGACUCCUCUAGCUGAGGCGAUGAUGGGAGCCAGUCGGUUUUUGGUUCCCGGGUUACAGCGGACAGCCGAGGACCUGUGCGUGUCCGUGCUGUCCUCUCUGGCGUCGGAAGUCGACGGUCGAUUUCCACGGGAACCUCCUGGCACUCAGAAACGCCACCGCGCUCCCGACACCACGGACGAGGGCGGUGCUCUGCGCUCCGUCCUGCCUCAGGCCUACUGGUUCUCCCAGCGCUACUCCUACUCCCGACUCGGAUUGUCCUGCUUGUCCAUCCUGCUGCGUCCUCAGCUGCCUCCGUCCGUCUCCUCCGACUGCCUCCUCCGUCUGGUCCGGAAGGCAGACUGCACAGAGAGCCUGCGCCAGGACCUGCUGAGUCUCGCCACCGCCGCGCUGAGCUAACACCGCCGCCGGGAAUUUCCACUCGGACUUCAAUCGGUCAAAGGCGGAGAUUUGGAGCGACGUUCCGACAGACUCCCGAGUUCCUCUGCUACUUACAGACGCACCUGAGUAGACGUUCCUCUGACUUUACACUGCGCUCGAACAGAGCGAUUGUUUUUGUUUUCUGUUUGAUCCGGUACUACGCCGCGUAAGGUCUGUUCACACUUAACACCUUCAGUUUUUGCACAAACAAGGAGCGCGAUCAGAUUUCUAAACAAACAAAUCCAGUUCUGGUAAAAACUGCUGAAGACGCCGCCCUUCCUGCAGUCAUGCUUCGGUUUGUCAGAUCUCAGCCAAUCAGAUACAGCCUUUUGUAUUUGAAUUCUCCAUUUUGGUCUUCCAUCCACACUACAGUGUCAGUUUUACUACCGCUAACUCUCGCCGGAUGGAUGGAUAUGGACCAGGCGUGUCCAGUCUUAUCCGGAAAGGGUCGGUGUGGUGCAGGUUUCCAUUGAUGAAACGGGUGGAAUCAGGUGUGGCUCCUGCUUGGUUGGAAUGAAAACCUGCACCCACGCCGGCGCUUUCCGGAGAAGAUUGGACACCCCUGAUAUAUAGGAACCGUUGAUGUUUGUUGUCCUGCGAUUGGCUCUGGAUUGUCAUGUGAUCCAGCUGUGCAUCGAUGGCAUCAGGCUCAGUUCGCGUGUACGUCCUUUUUUUUUGCACAUGCUCAGUACAGCGUCAGACCUUCGUUCGGGCGCUUUUGUGUAGGAGCACCGAAAAAAAAAAAAUACACCAGUCCCCCCCGCCCCCCCCGCCCAAAAUAAAACUGUCAGAUCAGCAUAUGAUUAAAAUGAUUGACAGCUGUGUAUUAAUUGAAUUAAUUGAAUUUAUAUGAAUUUUUUUUUUUCCUUCAGGAUGUUGCAGCACUCGCACUGCACACUUUCUCUUCCCGCUCGACGCGGAUUUGCUCGUUUUCUUUCCGCCCUUUCUUUCUUUAAGCGGCCGCGCCCCGCUUCUCCGUGUUUAUUUAUUUGCCGAAGAGACGGAACAUGUGAAGAAUCCGUUUGUGUUUGUUUAUGACGUUUAUUCUCGUCGUCUUCAGUGUGAAUAAACCUCAAGAAGAGAAGCAUUAGAGAAUAAUUUUGCGAUCAUUAUUUGCUGAGAACAAAAGGAAUAAAUGAGAAGUUUAUAUUAUAUUAUAUUAUAUUAUAUUAUAUUAUAUAUAUAUAUAUAUAUAUUUUUUUUUUUUAUUGGAUUCAGAUAUUUUUUUUUUUUUUAUGAAUGUUGUGAUCCAGUUACUCCCCUUUUUUGUUUGUAAAAUGUGCCAUUCCUGAUUUAUUGUAUGUAUUAUGAUUCUGAUUAUUAUUAUUUUUGAAUACCACGUGUAUAGCGUAACAUUCAGGAGUGACUCGUCAUAUGGACCUGUGAUAUAUUCUAUACGUUAACGAUGCUGCAUCGAAGAGCGAUUUGAUUUCCUUACUCAUGUUGUUGUAAUAUAAGAUAUAUACGCGGGUGUAGCUUGUGCCGUUGUACAGUUGUGCGAUUAUGUCAGGGAUAGAGUAAAGUUUAUGUUCUAUUUUUCAUUCCUUAAUUUUUGUAAACACACACACACAAACACAGAGUGUAUUAAGUGUAUUAAGAUAUCUGAGGCCAGUUUCCUCGUGUGAUAAGAAAAAUAAAAACGCCUCUCCACUUUAA